CGUGGCGCGGUAGCAGACUUUCUUAAUCCCCAUCUUCCUUCUCAAUCAAUUAAAAACCCUAACCAAAGAAAUUCCCAAUUCUAAUUCAUGAUCAGAACUGAUUAAAAUAAACCCUAGUUUCAGUUACAAGAACAAUCCACAAAAUUUCACCAAUGUCAUCUUCCAAACGCCAUUACAAGGACAAAGUCGCUCGUCGCAAAGAAGAGAAAGUAGAAGAACCAGACCUACCGAAAUACAGAGACCGUGCAAAAGAACGAAGAGAAGACCAAAAUCCUGAUUAUGAGCCAACUGAAUUAGUUGGUUCUUUUCACGCGGUUGCUCCACCGGGCGCGGUUGAUCUCCGGUUAGCUGAUGCCAAUAAGAUUUCCAUUGAAAAGAGCAAGUACCUUGGAGGUGAUGUGGAGCAUACGCAUUUGGUGAAAGGACUUGAUUAUGCAUUGCUUAAUAAAGUUAGAAGUGAAAUUGAUAAAAAACCCGAUGCUGAAGAUGAUGAGGAUGGCAAGACUAGAAAGCCAAAGGAAGACCUACAAUUGUCAUUUCGUACUGCGACUGCGAAGUCGGUGUAUCAAUCUAUAGUGAAGCCUCAAAUUAUUAUGAAAACCAAUGAGAUGUUUCUUCCUGGUAGAAUGUCAUUCAUUUUUAACAUGGAGGGUGGAUACACCCAUGAUAUUCCUACUACCUUGCACCGGAGUAAAGCCGAUUGUCCAGUUCCCGAGGAAAUGGUUACUGUGAGUGUUGAUGGUUCUGUGCUGGAUCGAAUUGCUAAAAUUAUGUCAUACCUACGCCUUGGAUCUUCUGGAAAGGUUCUUAAGAAGAAGAAGAAAGAGAAAGAUGCAAAAGGAAAAAAUUUAGCUCUUGGACAUGAGUACAAUGAAGAAAAUAAGAAUUUAAAACCUAAUGGAGCUAUAUCAAAUGAUAAGACUGAGAAAGAAAUAUUGCCUCCACCUCCACCUCUUCCCAGAAGAACUCAACCCGAUUCUCAUGAGAAUCUAGCUCCAAUAGUUGCAAGAGAAGAGGACGAUGACAUAUUUGUGGGAGAUGGCAUUGACUAUGCUGUGCCUGGUAAGGACAUAAGCCAAAGCCCUGUUUCGGAGGAUAUGGAAGAGUCUCCUCGAAACAAGGAAAGAGUUUCUUAUUUUAGUGAACCAGUUUAUGGGCCAGUUCCACCUUCUGGGCCCUCUCAGGAAUAUCAAGACCUGAGCGGAUAUGAUUCGAUGCAAGCUCAAGCAUUAGCAAGUGGGUAUCAGGGAGAGUGGCAGGAUUAUCAAUAUGCUGAGCAAUUGGCAUAUUCGGAGCAGUAUAUCCAGCAAACAAUGCAGGCAUAUGAUAUGCAAGCAGCAUCAGAUGCUCUACAGGACCCACGCCUCAUGUCUCAGGAGGAAAAAGAUCGGGGUUUAGGCUCAGUAUUCAAGCGAGAUGAUCAGAGGCUCCAACAAUUGCGGGAGAAAGAUGCCAGAGAAAAGGAUCCCAACUUUAUCUCUGAGAGUUAUUCUGAAUGUUACCCUGGAUAUCAAGAGUAUAAUCGUGAGGUUGUGGACAGCGACGAUGAAGAUGACUUGUCUAAAAUGGAUAUGGGUGGACGGGCAAAGGGUCGUCUUCAUCGAUGGGAUUUUGAGACAGAAGACGAAUGGGCAAAAUACAAUGAGCAGAAGGAAGCAAUGCCGAAGGCUGCAUUUCAGUUUGGCGUUAAAAUGCAAGAUGGGCGAAAGACGCGGAAACAAAACAAGGAUCAGAAGCUGAAUAAUGAUUUGCACAAGAUCAAUAAAAUACUGGCUAGAAAGAAAAAUGAGAAAGAGACGAAUGGUGAUGGUGGCCAUUUUGAUGAAGAUGAUGAUGUACAACACGCUAAGAAGCCACGGAUAUAAAGUUGGUAAACCUAUAAUGCUCUAAUUUUCUUUCCCGAGAAGUGCUUGUUUGUCGGCCAUUGACAAACUUUGAUGGGCAAAUUUGCAAGGAGUUGUAAGUUUCAUCUUGUUCCCUCAAGGUCCUCAUCACCAUGUGUGUUAAAAUGAGAGCAACAGCAAUGAAAUUACUAGAAGCAUUUAGUGCGGUUAUUAUGAUACCAUUAUUGAUGUCAAACAAAUUCUUUGGAAUGCAAGCAGAUCUCAGAUUUUGAACUCUUUGUAUCUUGUACAUUAUUAUCAAAUGAGAUUUAUCUUCAGCAUGAAUUUUUCCUAUGCAUUUGAUUAGUUGUCCAGUCUC